AUGUCAGCUGUCAAUGACACCAAAUUCAACUCUGCAGUGUUCCUUCUCACCGGGAUACCUGGGCAGGAAGACGUCCAUCUCUGGAUCUCUAUCCCCUUCUGCUUAAUGUAUGUUAUUUCGAUAGUAGGAAAUUCAGUCAUUCUGUUCAUUAUAAAAACAGAUUCAAGGCUCCAUGAGCCCAUGUACAUUUUCCUUUCCAUGUUGGCCGUCACAGACAUAGGCUUAUCGAUAUCCACCAUGCCGACGAUACUGGGCAUAUACUUGUUUAACUCUAGGGAGAUCAGCUUCGAAGCCUGUUUUGCCCAGCUGUUCUUCAUCCACUCGCUUCAAUUCAUUGAAUCCUCCGUGCUCUUGUUGAUGGCCUUUGACCGCUUCAUCGCAAUCCGUGACCCGCUGAGAUAUGCUUCCAUCUUAACCCUGCCAAGAAUAGCCAAUAUGGGACUGGUGUUUGCGCUAAGAGGUGUAGCUGUAAUAUUCCCACUCCCAUUUCUACUGAAAAGGUUCCAAUACUGUCGAGCCAAUGUCCUCUCCCAUUCCUACUGCCUGCACCAGGAGGUCAUGAAGAUGGCUUGUUCAGAUAUCACAGUCAACAGCAUCUAUGGCUUGUUUGUUACACUCUUAACGGUGGGGUUGGACUCGCUGUUCAUAUUUCUCUCUUAUGUGAUGAUCCUCAAAACAGCGCUGAGCAUCGCGUCCAAUGCAGAGUGCCUCAGGGCCCUGAACACCUGCGUCUCCCAUCUCUGUGCCGUCCUGCUGUUCUAUUCACCAGAGAUUGGCUUAUCUGUGUUACACAGAUUUGGAAAGGGAUCAUCUCCCUUGCUUCAAAUUUUCCUGGGCUACAUCUCCCUGCUGGUCCCACCCCUGAUUAAUCCAAUCGUGUACAGCGUGAAAAACAGACACCUGCGUGCAGGGAUAAUCAGGGCAUUCGUCAAAUGAAGGUUCAGUUCAUGAACCAGCUGCAGCCCUGCUGACACAGGAGAUGAUAAACAUGGACCACCUAUUCCAUCCUGGAGCUUUACAUCGAAGACUACAUGAGCUACUGAUCUCUACUCUGUAGAGCAAGGUUCAGAUGGGGUCUAAUACCUGGAGCAAUGGAAGGGGGGCUGGUGCGGGAGGACAGGACACUGGGGGAAGGAGACCAAGGCAGGCAGCAGCAUUUUCAAAGU